GCCAAGAUGUGUGUGCGUUUAAAUUUAAAAACAUAUUUUUAAUACUGCUAAAAAAAUUAUAAAUACACUUACUUUUCUACAGCAAAGAUUUUCCCAUCCAUAAUGGAUUCCUUCCGUAAAUAAUUGACUUUUUCACACUGUAAUUAGUUUUAUAAACUCAAAAGUUUUUGGAAUUUUGCAUCAGUUAAGAUUAGGUUCUCCUUCCACGAUGUUGCCACUUAGAAGGGUUCUAAUAAUCCUAAUUAUAUUUAAAACGAGUCUAAGUCAUUUGGAAAUAAACUAUAUGACUUUGCCAACACACAAACAAAAACUGCUGGAAAUUGAUUUAGAACUAAUUGGAAAUCUCGAACGAUUUGUAAAUAAAUUACAGGAGAAAAUUGAUACGCUACAAAGGUUAGCCGAUGAGAUACGCCAACCAUUGAUUGAAGCCGAGGGCAGAGAGGAGGAGUAUCUUGGCAAUCCUUUGAAUAGUUUCCCACUUCUACGUCAUCUUUACUCAGAUUGGGACCUUCUGGAGGAGUUCAUUGCAAAUCAAGUUGGUCAAGAACAAAUUGAUUUUCUGAAAGAGAAGUUAUCAGAAUUACCACUACCCAAGGAUCUGUCAGCUGCUACAGAAGCUAUUUACCGCAUUGAACUUGCUUAUGGUGUAAAGCCUUUCGAUUUGGCCAAGGGUCUAAUAGAUGGGGUUCAGUAUGAUGCGAAGCUCUCAUCAUUAGACUGUUAUGUCAUGGCCACGCAUCAUUUUCGCCUGGGAGAUUACGCAAAGGCCAGCCAAUGGCUGACUGUGGCUUUGUCCUUGAUGAAUCCCUCCGAUAUGAAGAUAAACAGUGUAUUUAAAUACCAACGAACUGAUGUUGGUUUAAUGCUUGCCCGAUGCUUUCUAGAAAUGGGUAGUGAAAGAGAAGCUCGCUACGUUUUAAGCAAAGAGGUUAAUAUGACCACUGAAGAAAUAGAUGUUAAGAUAAAGCAACUCCAACUGGUAGGUGACGAUAGUUAUCAACAUCAAAAAUAUGUCCCAGACCAUUUAUUACCAGAAGGAUUCAAUGCGAUAUGUCAAUCUUCACACAAACCAAAACCCACCAAACAUCUAUAUUGCCGUUAUAACACAACAACAACUCCAUUUUUACGCCUGGCUCCUUUCCGUAUGGAAGAAUUAUCCCUAAAUCCCUACAUGGUGGCAUAUCACAACGUUCUGUCCGAUGAGGAGAUUAGACAAUUAAAUCGGAUGAGUGCUCCUUUGCUUAAGAAGGCAUUCCCCGUAUCUGCUGUGGAUAUCGAUUACGAUGUCCGAACUGUCGAUACUGCUUGGUUCCCGAAUUCUGAGACUCCGCACACCAAAGAAAACGAUCGACUUAUCAAACGCAUUGUUAACAUUGUGUCUGAUUUGACAGGACUCAAUGCGGAUGUGGCUGAUAGCUUUCAGGCGGUCAGAUAUGGCUUUGGCGGACACUACUCACCGCAUCAUGAUUAUUUUAAUGAGUCAAUACAUCAAACAGCAGUUAAUGGUGAUCGCCUUGCCACGGUAUUGUUCUAUCUCAACACUGUUAAGCAUGGCGGAGCCACUGUAUUUCCUUUACUCAAUUUAAAAGUUCCAGCUGAAAAGGGCAAGGUACUCUUUUGGUACAAUCUCGAUGGAGAGUCACUUGAUUUCGAUGAAAACACUGAGCAUGGAGUGUGUCCGGUUGUAGAUGGCAUAAAACUGGUUCUGGCAUCUUGGAUAAACGAGUGGGACCAAAUGUUUAUUAAGCCCAACUAUCGUCCAAGAAAACAAUCUUGUUGAAAAACCGAUUCUUGACUUUAAUUUAACCAAGUCUGAUGUGGAAAGAAGUGCUUUUUGAAUAAUUUGAAUAAUUCAGGAAAUGUAUAAGUAUUUUGCCUAUGGACUGCUCUUCAUGAAAAGGAAGAAGUAGUAAUGGAAAGAAUUACUUUUCUACAGGAAAUAUUUUGUUAUCGCAUUACCCAUUAAAAAAUUGAUUCUUUUCGUAAA